GUGACGGUGAUAAAUAAAGUUGUGACAUGGUAGGAUGCGCUAAAGGGAGAUAGAUGAAGGCUUUAACUGCACUGGGAGCCAUUCGUUUGUCAGACUAUCGCUCGGACAAUCGCAUCUUGUGAAACUGUAUGAUAUCUAACCUGCAAAGUGCAAAGUUCAGUCUGGUUUGUCAUUUUAAAGUGCUCACCGGACAGUGGUACUCCCACGCGUAACUUUAUUUAGCGACUCUGCUUGGAAGCGUGUUGAAUAACUAAACAAGAGAGAAACAGCAGGUUUAUUCAUUAAGGGUCGCCGUUACAAUGUUGUCAUCAAGAAGUGUUUGGAUUUUCAUCCAGGCAGAAAAGAAGCAAAUAUGUCAUCGCAGCAGCCAGCAUUUUGCAGGACUGAAGAAGUCCACGGACUCUCCCGUAAUGACCCCAUCUCCGCUCUCCUCAUUUUCCCUCAGCAAAUCUCUAUCCGGACUAUCUUCAGCUCGUCGGGGACUAAUACAUCGCAAAAUGUCCGAGAACGGGGUAACUGCUCGGAGGAGCAAGGUGCUGACCAUCGAUACUAUGAAUGCAACAGUGAAGAAAGUUGAAUAUGCGGUCAGGGGACCGAUUGUACAACGCGCCGUGCAAAUAGAGAAAGAGCUCAACGAGGGUGCCAAAAAGCCUUUUACUGAAGUCAUCAAGGCCAACAUUGGUGAUGCCCAUGCCAUGGGCCAACAGCCCAUUACCUUCUUCAGACAGGUCUUGGCCUUGUGCUCCUACCCUGAGCUGCUGAAUGAGAACAGCUUCCCAGAGGACGCUAAAAGCAGGGCCCGUCGCAUUUUGCAGGGAUGUGGAGGAAAGAGCAUUGGAGCCUACAGUGCCAGCCAAGGCAUCGAGGUCAUACGACAGGAUGUGUCUCGCUACAUCGAGCGUCGGGAUGGUGGAGUGCCAUGUGACCCGGACAACAUCUACCUGUCCACCGGAGCCAGCGAUGGCAUUGUGACCAUGCUGAAGCUGUUGGUGGCCGGCGAGGGCCCGAGCCGCACGGGCAUCAUGAUCUCCAUCCCCCAGUACCCGCUGUACUCCGCGGCCCUGGCCGAGCUGGGCGCCGUGCAGGUCAACUACUACCUGAACGAGGCCAAGUGCUGGAGUCUGGACAUCAGCGAGCUGCAGCGCUCCCUAGAUGCGGCCAGGAAGCAUUGCAACCCCCGUGCACUUUGCAUCAUCAACCCAGGCAACCCCACAGGCCAAGUUCAGAGCAGGGAGUGUAUUGAAGAAGUCAUCAAAUUUGCUGCCAGAGAGCGUCUCUUCCUCAUGGCGGAUGAGGUGUACCAGGAUAACGUGUAUGCAGCUGGUUGCCAGUUCCACUCCUUUAAGAAGGUUCUGUUUGAGAUGGGACCAGAGUACUCUGACACUGUGGAGCUGGCCUCCUUCCAUUCCACCUCCAAGUGUUACAUGGGAGAAUGUGGUUUCCGCGGGGGGUACAUGGAGGUGAUCAACAUGGACCCGGAGGUGAAGGCCCAGCUGACUAAGCUGGUGUCAGUGCGCCUGUGCCCCCCCGUCCCUGGCCAGGCCCUCAUGGACCUGGUGGUGAACCCACCACAGCAAGGGGAGCCCUCCUACAACACCUUCAUGAAGGAGCGCAAUGCCACCCUCAGCAACCUGGCAGAGAAGGCCAAGCUGACGGAGCAGAUCUUGAACACUGUGCCAGGCAUCACUUGCAACCCGGUGCAGGGCGCCAUGUACUCAUUCCCCCAGAUCACGUUGCCAGAGCGCGCCAUCAAGGAAGCAAAGGAGAAAGGCCAGGCGCCGGACAUGCUGUACUGUAUGAAGCUGCUGGAGGAGACAGGGAUCUGCCUGGUGCCAGGCAGCGGCUUUGGACAAAGAGAUGGCACCUAUCACUUCAGGAUGACCAUUUUACCUCCAACUGACAAACUGAAGAUCCUUCUCAACAAGUUGAAGGAGUUCCACCAGAAAUUUACCCAGCAGUACUCCUAAUACGAAUUAGGGCUCACUGAGAUCCCCUUUACCGGAUGUUUCCGAUCAUACCCGGCCUUCUUAACUGACAUGACUUGACCUGUCGCAAGUGCCACAAUCAUUAACUCACCAAGUGCCUGGCAGUGGUAAUAGUUGUAAUAAAUGAGUCUAGAUUUCUUAUCAGCCAUUAGCCUUUGGGUGAAUAUGCAUAUGAGGUGGUGUCUUUGUUCAGCAAUGAUAGUCAAAGAUACAUAUUUCUAUUUCUUAACAUAUCAAGACAGAACUGACUGAUUACAUGAAGUAGCAUAGGAAGCCUAUGCCAAGAAUUGCACCAACGUACUUACAAAAGCUUAAGUGUGAGGUGUGUGUGAGUGUGUUUGUUUGUUUGUUUGUUGUGUGUGUAUGUGUGUGUGAGGGAGAGACUUGUGAUGGCAUUCUUUUGGUACUGUGAUGAGGUAUGUGAAGAGUAGCCUCUAUUCCAUGAAGAGAUUAACAGUAGGGCCUAAGCAGAUGGCUGUGGAAGAUAGUGUUAACAUAGAAAAUACUAUUGUGGCAUUAUUUUAUUGUCCAAAUGUGCCUUCUAUAGUCAUUUUGUACAUUUUUGUGAUUAAAAAUGUAUGACUGUA